UUGCAAGGCAACGCACACAGGAGAAGAAGAAAAGAUGUCUGAUAAAAUGUCAAGUUUUUUGCACAUUGGAGACAUAGUCUCCUUGUAUGCUGAGGGGUCUGUCAAUGGCUUUAUUAGCACUUUAGGGCUUGUUGAUGAUCGUUGUGUUGUUCAGCCAGAAGCUGGGGAUCUCAACAACCCACCGAAAAAAUUCCGAGAUUGCCUUUUUAAACUCUGCCCGAUGAACAGGUACUCUGCACAGAAACAGUUCUGGAAAGCUGCGAAGCCAGGAGGGAACAGCACUACAGAUGCAGUGUUGCUAAAUAAAUUGCAUCAUGCAGCAGAUCUGGAAAAGAAGCAGAACGAGUCUGAAAACAGAAAGCUGCUUGGUACAAUUAUCCAGUAUGGUAAUGUCAUUCAGUUGUUACACUUGAAGAGCAAUAAAUAUUUAACUGUGAACAAGCGCCUUCCCGCCCUAUUGGAGAAGAAUGCCAUGCGAGUAACAUUGGAUGCUGCUGGAAAUGAAGGCUCCUGGUUUUAUAUUCAGCCCUUCUACAAACUGCGGUCUAUUGGAGACAGUGUUGUGAUUGGUGAUAAAGUAGUUCUCAAUCCAGUAAAUGCAGGACAACCUCUGCAUGCCAGUAGCCACCAAUUAGUGGACAACCCUGGCUGCAAUGAGGUCAACUCUGUGAACUGCAAUACAAGUUGGAAGAUUGUGCUUUUCAUGAAAUGGAGUGAUAAUAAGGAGAGUAUAUUAAAAGGGGGUGAUGUGGUGAGACUAUUUCAUGCAGAGCAAGAAAAGUUUCUUACUUGCGAUGACCACAGAAAACGUCAAUAUGUCUUCCUACGAACAACUGGCAGACAAUCUGCCACAUCUGCAACGAGUUCGAAAGCUUUAUGGGAAGUUGAGGUGGUUCAGCAUGAUCCUUGUCGAGGUGGAGCUGGCUACUGGAACAGUUUAUUUCGUUUUAAGCACCUUGCUACUGGGCAUUACUUGGCAGCUGAGGUAAACCCUGAUUUUGAUGGAGAGUUUCAAGAAUCAAGGUCAUCUAUGGACUCAGAGCAGGAUGUGCUGAGGACCAGACUCCAUACAAUCCAAGAGAAAGUAAAGUAUACCUUGGUGUCUGUACCAGAUGGGAAUGAUAUCUCAUCAAUUUUUGAGCUGGAUCCAACAACUCUGAGAGGUGGUGACUCUCUAGUGCCAAGGAACUCUUACGUUAGACUGCGGCAUUUAUGUACAAACACCUGGGUACAUAGCACAAACAAUCCAAUAGACAAGGAAGAGGAAAAACCAGUCAUGCUGAGAAUUGGCACUUCUUCGCUGAAGGAAGACAAAGAAGCUUUUGCUAUUGUUCCUGUUUCUCCAGCUGAGGUGCGAGACCUGGACUUUGCUAAUGAUGCCAGCAAGGUGUUGGCAUCAAUUGCAGGAAAACUUGAAAAAGGCACCAUAACCCAAAACGAACGGAGGUUUGUAACAAAAUUACUUGAAGACCUCGUAUUUUUUGUUGUUGACAUUCCAAACAAUGGGCAAGAUGUUCUAGAAGUUAUGGUCAAUAAACCUAACCGAGAAAGGCAAAAACUCAUGAGGGAGCAAAAUAUUCUGAAACAGAUUUUUAAGCUGCUGCAGGCACCCUUCACGGACAGCGGUGAUGGGCCAAUGCUGAGACUAGAAGAGCUUGCCGACCAGCGUCAUGCACCAUUUCGACACAUAUGCCGGCUGUGCUAUAGAGUGCUGAGACACUCUCAACAGGACUAUCGUAAAAACCAGGAGUACAUUGCAAAGCAGUUUGGCUUUAUGCAAAAACAGAUUGGGUAUGAUGUUUUGGCUGAAGACACAAUAACUGCUUUGUUACACAACAACCGCAAGCUUCUGGAAAAGCAUAUUACUGCUGCAGAGAUAGAUACCUUUGUCAGUUUAGUGAGGAAAAAUCGUGAGCCAAGGUUUUUAGAUUACUUAUCGGACCUUUGUGUGUCAAUGAACAAAUCCAUUCCUGUUACACAAGAACUCAUCUGCACUGCGGUUUUGGACCCAGCCAACGCAGACAUACUUAUUGAAACCAAGCUGGUACUGUCCCGGUUUGAGUUUGAAGGUGUGCCAUGUGGAGAAACCCCUGCUGAGGAUACUGAAGAGGAUGAGGAGGAAGUCUGGCUUUUCUGGAAAGACAGUAGUAGGGAAAUUCGCAGUAAGAGUAUCCGUGAAUUAGCUCAAGAUGCCAAGGAAGGGCAGAAGGAAGAUGUGGAAGUCUUAAGCUAUUACAGAUAUCAGCUGAACCUCUUUGCUCGGAUGUGUCUUGACAGACAGUAUCUUGCCAUCAACAAAAUCUCUGGCCAGCUGGAUGUGGACUUGAUCCUACGAUGCAUGUCUGAUGAGAACCUGCCGUAUGACCUCAGAGCAUCCUUCUGUCGGAUGAUGCUACACAUGCAUGUGGACAGGGAUCCACAGGAGCAGGUCACUCCUGUGAAGUAUGCCCGCUUGUGGUCAGAGAUUCCAUCCAAAAUUGCUAUCGAUGACUAUGACAACAGUGGCACUUCAAAGGACGAAAUUAAGGAGAGGUUUGCACAGACAAUGGAGUUUGUUGAGGAGUACCUGAGGGAUGUUGUUUGCCAAAGUUUCCCAUUUUCUGACAAAGAAAAAAACAAGCUCACUUUUGAGGUUGUGAAUCUGGCCCGAAACCUGAUUUACUUUGGCUUCUACAAUUUCAGUGAUCUCUUGAGAUUAACAAAAAUUCUUCUAGCCAUAUUGGACUGUGUUCAUGUCACUACCAUGUUUCCAGUUAACAAGCUGGAGAAAGAAGAUGAAGCCAAAGGAAGUAAUGUGAUGAGGUCCAUACAUGGUGUAGGGGAACUCAUGACACAAGUGGUUUUAAGGGGGGGUGGCUUCCUCCCCAUGACUCCAAUCAAUCCUCCUGAUGGUGAUGUUGUGAAGCAACAAAAUGAACCUGAGAAAGAAGAUAUACUUGUAAUGGACACCAAGCUGAAGAUUAUAGAAAUACUUCAGUUCAUACUCAAUGUCCGACUGGAUUACAGGAUUUCAUGUCUUCUGUGCAUAUUUAAACGGGAGUUUGAUGAGAGCAAUGCUCAGAGUGAACUGCCAUCUGGAAGUGCCAUAGAAGGAAUUGCUAAUGUACCAGGAACUCUUGAUUUUGAACAUAUUGAAGAACAGGCAGAGGGCAUCUUUGGUGGAAGUGAAGAAAAUACACCGUUGGAUUUGGAUGAUCAUGGAGGCAGGACAUUUCUUCGUGUUUUGCUUCAUCUCACAAUGCACGAUUACCCUCCCCUCGUUUCAGGUGCUCUUCAUCUUCUGUUCAGACACUUCAGCCAGAGACAAGAGGUCUUACAGGCUUUUAAACAGGUUCAGCUGCUUGUAACAAGCCAAGAUGUUGACAACUAUAAACAGAUCAAGUCAGACUUGGACCAGCUGCGUUCAAUUGUGGAAAAGUCUGAACUCUGGGUGUAUAAGCGUCAGGGACCAGAUGAGGCAAUUGAUGCUGGGGAUGGCCCGGCAGGGGAGACAGAAGUGAAGACAAAGGAAGAAGCUGAUGUUGGUGGUUCUGACAAGUCUAGUAAACAUGAAAGUACCAGCAGCUAUAACUACAGAAUUGUGAAGGAAAUUUUGAUGAGACUUAGUAAGCUGUGUGUCCAAGAAGGCUCAACAGGUAGAAAAAACAGAAAGCAGCAGCAACGACUCCUAAGGAACAUGAGUGCUCAUGCUGUGGUGUUGGAACUGUUGCAAAUACCUUAUGAGAAGGGGGAAGAUAUUCGCAUGCAGGAGAUCAUGCGAUUGGCUCACGAGUUUCUUCAGAAUUUCUGUGCUGGGAACCAGCAAAACCAAGCACUACUUCACAAGCACAUCAAUCUGUUCCUUAAUCCUGGGAUUCUGGAAGCUGUAACUAUGCAGCACAUCUUCAUGAACAACUUCCAGCUGUGUAGUGAGAUCAAUGAACGUGUGGUGCAGCAUUUUGUGCACUGCAUCGAGACCCAUGGCAGAAAUGUUCAGUACCUCAAAUUUCUCCAGACCAUUGUAAAAGCUGAAGGAAAAUUUAUUAAAAAGUGCCAAGAUAUAGUAAUGGCAGAGCUUGUUAAUGCUGGGGAGGAUGUCCUGGUCUUUUACAAUGACCGAGCAUCUUUCCAAACACUGGUUCAGAUGAUGCGCUCUGAGCGGGACCGCAUGGAUGAGAACAGUGCUCUAAUGUACCACAUCCAUCUGGUGGAACUGCUAGCAGUGUGUACAGAGGGUAAAAAUGUUUACACCGAAAUCAAGUGCAACUCCCUUCUCCCACUGGAUGAUAUUGUGCGUGUGGUGACUCAUGAAGACUGUAUCCCUGAGGUGAAAAUUGCUUAUAUCAACUUUCUGAAUCAUUGUUACGUAGACACUGAAGUGGAAAUGAAGGAAAUCUACACAAGUAAUCACAUGUGGAAGCUCUUUGAGAAUUUCUUGGUGGAUAUCUGUAGGGUUUGCAACAAUACAAGUGACCGGAAGCAUGCAGACACCAUCCUGGAGAGAUAUGUGACGGAGACUGUAAUGAGCAUUGUUACCACGUUUUUCAGCUCUCCUUUCUCUGACCAAAGCACAAGCUUACAGGCUUCUCUUUUGGGAAGAGUAACAGAGGUAUUUAAUAUAUCCUUCUGA